AUGGGGCACUCAGUGCCCAUGAUAUCCCCACAAAGCAGACGAGACAAACUAAUUCUUUCUCCCGGGAGGUGGGGACAGAACCCGAAACUACCUCGGCGCAGUCGAGGAGACGAUCCCUUGGCUCUGCCUGAUGCUGCCACUCAUGAGAGAACUUUUCUGUUUUGCCCCAGACACGGCCUGAGAGCCAGCUGGACAGCGGGACGGGGCCUCGGGGAUCCCGGCGAGGGGACGCCUUCGCCCAGCAGGCGCGCGGCCCUCCACGGGCCCUUUCGGGGCUCUGGGCGGCCCUGGGAGAAUGCUGGGGGACGGCGCCCAGCGGAGCCUCCUCGGGAGCGCAGCCGGGCCCGCCGUCCCUCGCCCGGGUCGGUGCGGCUCGGCCCGGACAGGCGCGCUGGCGGCCCCUGCUGGCCGGCGAGAGCCCGGUGGCCGCGGAGGGGUGCCGGGGCGCGCGCUCCAGCUUCCCGAGCCCCCCGUCGGUUCCGGCGGGCUGGACUCCCGCGGGCUCCGGCCGGGACCCCCGCCUGUGCGCUUGCGGCUUUCGCGGCUGGCUGGCUCGGCGGUCGAGGUCCCCCGGCCUGGCCCGCGAGCUCGGGCCUCGGGGAGCCUCGACGCCUGUGCCGGGGCUGCGGGGUUCCCGGCGGAGCCUCUCGGCCGACGCCUCCCUCCCCGGGCUUUCGGGACCGGCCGCCCUGUCCUUCCCCUCGCGCGCUCGACGCGCCCAAGGCCGCUCCUGGGCGCGGGCAGUCGGCGGGGACGGGGGCUCGGGCGCCCCGGCUCCGCCUCCCCGCCCGCAGCGAGCGAGCCCUGAGCCGCGGAGCCCCCAAAGCGCUCCCCGGCGCCCCGGGCCUUCGGGGCUGCGGCGGGCACGCGGUCGGUCGGGGCGGCCGGGCGCGGCUCCGGGACCCACUCGGCGGCCCCGCGGCUCCCCGCCCCUGCCGGGCCGCGCCGCGCCGCGCCGCCCGGGAGGCGGGGCCGAGGCGCGAGGGUGCGGGCGGCGGCGCGGGCGGGCGGAGGCCCCGGCCCGGCCUUGGCUCCGCCCGGAGGCGGCGCGGGCGAGGCGGCGGCCAACGGGGCGCGGGCGCACUCGAGGGGCCGCCGGCGCGCGGGACGCAGCAGCGCCGCUCGUCCGCGGGCCCGGCCGAACGCCCGCCGCCCGCCCGCCCAUCGCGAUGCCCGCCUAGGAGCGAGCGGCCGCGGCCAGCCUCGCCCGCCCGCCCCGCGCCCCAAGCCCGCCGCCCGGCCUCGCCCCGCGCCCCGGCCCGACCCCGGGGGGCCCCGGCGGGCGCGGCCCGAGCGCCCUCGGAGCCGCCCGCGCGGAGUUCCCGGGACGCGACCCCCGGUCCCCGAUCCUCGACCCCGUCCGCCCGGGAUGCGCGCGGCUCGCCCGCGGCCCCCCGAGUGAGUAGCCGCCGGCGCCCGGCAGCGCCCGCGAGCGCGCACGGAGGACUGACGGACGCACAAAGGCCGCGAUGGACUGCUGAACUCCGGGACCCGCGCGCCCGUCGGUGCGCCGCCAAGGUACGGCCCGCGCGGGGCCCCGGCUGCGAGCCCGAGCGCCUCCGCCUCCCCGCUCCGCUCUCGCCUCCCCGCGCCUUCUUCCCCCCGCGCCUUCCUCCGUCCCCGCGCCUUCUUCCCCCCGCGCCUUCCUCCGUCCCCGCGCCUUCUUCCCCCCGCGCCUUCCUCCGUCCCCGCGCCUUCCUCCUCCCCGCGCUGCGCCCGGGCCGCGGCGGGGCGUGUGCGCCUGCGAGUGCGGGGCCGCCCCGGAGGCCGAGCGGCCGGCUGGGCAGCGCGCACGCGAGCCCCGUGUCCCGUUGCGGGCGGGCGGUCCUCGCUCCCCGGGUGGCCGGGCUCCGCGGGCGGAGGCGCCUUUUGUUGUCGCGCCCCGGACUGCGGGAACUUGGCCGCCGGGCCCCGCGCUGCGCGGCUGGGGAGCAUCCCGGCGGCUCCCGCAGGCUCCGGGCUUUGUCCGCCCGCGCUCGGGAGCGGAGGCUCCUGCUCCUCCGGGCACGGCGCGUCGCCCCCGGCCCUGGCCCUGACCAGACCCUGGCCGGAGGGGACGGUCCCGAGGCGGGUGCGCGCAGCCCGGGGUCCGCCGAGCCCCGCAGGUGCCUCCGCCCCUGCUCGUCUGUGUGUCCGCCCUCUCCGAGCCUCGGGACCGGCCGGCGCCGCCGCCCCUUCGCCCCUCGAGCUCUCCGGGCCGGCAAAGUUUCCUUGGGGAGCGGGGACGGAGGGCCGGGCGGGGGUCGCCGGCUCGGUGCCGGCUCUGGCCGCGCGCGGGGCUGGGACCGGUGCCCGGGGCCGGGCCCUUGGGUGGGCGCGGGCUGGAGCGCUGCGCUCCGCUGCCCGGGCUCCGCGCGCUCGGACCGGAUCGGGUCGAGCCGCCCGGGUGCGGGAAGGAGGGAGCCGCCUGCCCGCGGGGCUGGAGCGGCGGGGCCGAGCCGGGGCGUGGAACCCGAACGAGGGAUGCCGAUGCCGCCGUGA